GUCAUGCAGAAUCGAAGCUUUGUAACUGAAUUCAUCCUCCUGGGCCUUUCCCAGAAUCCACACGUCCAGAAAGUAGUUUUUGUUGUGUUUUUGUUUGUCUACAUUGCGACUGUUGGGGGCAACAUGCUGAUUGUAGUGACCAUCCUCUGCACGCCUGCACUGCUGGGCUCCCCCAUGUACUUCUUCUUGGCAUUCCUGUCUUUCCUGGAUGCCUGCUUCUCUACUGCUAUGGCCCCAAAGAUGAUCGUGGACUCCCUCCGGGAAAGAAAAACCAUCUCCUUUGAAGGCUGCAUGACUCAGCUCUUUGCAGAACACUUCCUGGGUGGGGUGGAGAUGCUCAUUCUUACAGCAAUGGCCUAUGACCGCUAUGUGGCCAUUUGCAAGCCCUUGCACUACUCCUCCAUCAUGAACUGGAGGCUCUGUGGCAUUCUGAUGGGGGUGGCCUGGACAGGGGGCUUCCUGCACUCCAUCAUCCAGAUCCUCUUCACCUUCCAUCUGCCCUUCUGUGGCCCCAACAUCAUUGACCAUUUCAUAUGUGAUCUUUACCCGUUACUGAAGCUGGCCUGCACCGACACUCACAUCUUUGGCCUUUUUGUUGUUGCCAACAGUGGAUCUAUCUGCAUCAUCAUCUUCUCUUUCUUGCUUGUUUCCUAUGGUGUCAUCUUGUUUUCACUAAGAAAUUACAGUUCUGAGGGAAGAGGGAAAGCUCUGUCCACCUGUGGAUCUCAUGUUACUGUUGUGGUCUUGUUCUUUGUCCCAUGCAUAUUUGUGUAUGCAAGACCCCCAUCUGCUUUCUCCUUUGACAAAAUGGUGGCCGUGUUUUACACCCUCCUAACUCCCAUGCUGAAUCCGUUGAUCUACACUUUCAGGAAUAAGGAAGUGAUAAACGCCAUGAGGAAAUUAUGGAACAGAUGGGUGGCAUGUUCUGAGGAAGAAUAA